AUGUCAUCCUGCUUUCGAGCAGACAUAUGUACUGAUACUGUACAAACACCCACUUCGACUAUAACCUUCACUUCCGAAACAUCUUCAUCAAUACCCGGCGAAGGGGGUAUACCAACAACAACGAUAAUCAAUCAUACAAUCACAACCCAACAAACAUCAACCCCAACAUCGACUACUCCCUACAGUACAUCGACAUCUACCUUCGAAGACGAUAGGGUCCCACUUAUCGUUGCGUUUUCUAUUUUAACAACUCUUUUACUUAUAGUACUCCUCAUUACUUACAUCCAAAGUCGCCGUCAAAGCAACGGACAAGAAUUACAAUCAAGUAUAUCCGCAACAGAGUCGGCUAUGUCGCAAUUGAGCUCACCUACCAUGAUAGCAAGUGGUUGGAGUGGAGCAGAGAGUGUACGGAUAGGAGAGCGGAUGAGUAGUCAUAGGAAUGAGGCGAUAAGGAACACUAUUAUUGGAUCUGGCGUAAGAGAGUAUGCUACAGACCUUGAGAUAGGAACGAUGACGACAUCGAAUGCGCAAAUGGGCACUACUAGGGCUGCCGUAGAUUCGACAAUGGAUGCAACAAUGGGUACAAUAAGUGCAACAUCGUAUACAAGAUCGCUCGUUACAACGGAUAUUGAUGAUACAUCAUUUUACGUAACACCCGGAGCAUCAUCGCCGACUAUUAUUAAUUCACCAACAACUCUUCCGCCCCUCUCAAACAACUCAAUGACAAUUUCUCGAUCAGCCUCGAUUUCAUUUCAGCGAGCACUUCCAAAGGUAUCCAUGCUUCAGAUAGAACCCAUGACUCGUCGCCUUACGGUUAAUCUUGGCCAACAAGGCCGCAGCAUCGUGGUUCGUGAUACAGAUGCUGGUGGGACAGAUCACGUGGUGAAUGUGGUAUCUCUUCGCCCUGAAACUCCGACUAGGUCGGGAAUACCUGGCUUGAAGAGAAAACUACUGUUCUGGAAGGGUAAGGCGACGACUUGA